UGAAUUUAGUCUGUCAUAUUUUUAUUCCAAUUGUGUUCAGACCAAAAAAGAUCAUUUUAAAUUUGUUUUAAACAUCAAUUAUGGUAUCUAUGAGCUACAACAUGAGGUCAAAAACCUAGUAUAAAAGUCCACCAUUUUAGCUUAGAGGACUAAUAAAGUCAUAAUAGUAGUUCAGCGGUAAGUUGAGCCAGUGUCUCAACCGAGAAAGUAAAGAAGAAUGAUGAGAGGAUCAGAGGCAUUCUCAUGGUAAAAUGGCUAUUUAUGAAACAGCUUUUUAGCAGUUAUAUGCUAAUCAUAAUGUGAAGAAGUGACUGUUAUUUAGGGAGAGAGAAGGUGAGGAUACGGUUCAACUUACCCCGCCCCUAUGGUCAACUUACCCCAUACACGGGGUAAGUUGACCAUAGGAGACCACUGUUUUUGGCAUGGUAUAUCAUCAAGACAGUUAUGUUUACAUUCAUUCUGUUGGUUUGCAGGGAUGCACAACAUCUUGAAAUAUAUGCAGAUACACUAGUUAGAGACAAAACUAUGAUUGCCUUGAUGUAGUGAACUGAAAUAUGAAAAAUGGCUCAUCUUAUCCCACUCUCCCCUACAGCAUAAGAGGAUUCAAAAUAAGUCAAGCUAGAUAUACACAAAACAAAGCAAAGAUGUUUAUAAUUACAGGGAAUUCGGACAUAAAUAUUUGUAAAAAAAUAGAGUCUAAAAUCUGUGCACAAAAAUAAAGUCAAGGCUGACGCUUUAAUUUCUCCUGUUGCCUGUAAGUCAGCGUUGAGGGCACAGAUCUUGCUUCAGCCUGAUGGGAUGUAUGACAUUGCGGAAGGGCUAUUCCUGUAUCCUGACCCCUCCCCCUUCACAACAACACACCGGGGAGUCAGGAAAAAGCUCCAGCAUCAACAAGCAGGGAGGCAACAGGCGGAUCAGAAGUCAGCCCAGGUCAGCGGAGAACCACCACAGAGAUGGCCCAGGCCAACAUCUCGGUGACGGAGAGCCAGUUCAGGUGUCCCAUCUGCUUGGACAUCCUGAAGGACCCGGUGUCCACUCCCUGCGGACACACCUACUGCAUGUCCUGCAUCAACAACUACUGGGACCAGGCGGAACCGGCCCAGUUCAGCUGCCCACAGUGCCGGGAGACCUUCAGCCCUCGACCGGUUCUACGGAGGAACACGGUGCUCUCCGAGGUCGUCGACAAACUCAAGCUUAGCGAGAUGGUCACGGCUCCGGAGCUCUACCUGGGAGGAGUCGGGGAGGUACCGUGCGACUUCUGCCCAGCGGAGAGUAAACUGAGGGCGGUCAAGUCGUGCCUGGUUUGCUUGGCGAGCUUCUGUGAGCUCCACGUCCUUCCGCACCGGGAGGUCGGCACUCUACGGCGGCACAAGAUGGUGGCCGCGGUGGAGUGUCUGGCGGAGCGGCUGUGUGCCCAGCACCGUCUGGGUCUGGAGCCCGCGGGGGUCGGCUCUGAGGCGGAGGCCGCGGUGGAGUGGAGCGGGGACUGCCUGCUGUGUGAGGCGGACCAGGAGGAGGUGCAUAGUGUGGACGCCCAGAGAGCCAGGAGACAGGUGCUAACACACCCUAUUAAUAUCAUAGUAUAAUACAAUUAAUGGGCCCUCAGGACUUUAAUUUCAACUAUUUUUUUAAAGGGAGAUAAACUUCAUCAUCAGUCUUUACAGGUAGAAAAAAAUAGGUUACCUAACAGAUAAGUGUUUCAAAAUCAAAACUCUAAAGUUUUAAAUUACCUGUUAAACCAUGAGAGUGGGCUAAAUAAUGGUCCUUUGCAACACUUUCUCUUACAGAUAUGUCCUUUAACAUUUUGGUGCAAAUUAAAUUCAGCUUUUUUAACAAUUUGUUGUCAUAUCCAACCAUACGUCUGACAUGAAAACGCAGACAGGAGCAGACAGGAGCUUUUGAGUCAUAAAAUGAAUGAUGAAAUGUCAGAAUUAAAUGCCAAAUAUGAGGUUUUCAUGGUGUAAAAUUGAUGCAGGAUGAUCAGAAUGAAUAGUACAGUUGUUGACUGAGCACCUCUUGUGCAAAAUUAAAGGGAAUUUAAGGAAUAUGUAUCCCCUGCUGAUAAUAACAAUAGGCUUUGUGUCCUUUAGCUGCAGCUCCAGGAGACUCAGAGGAUCAUACAGGGGAGGAUGAGGGCCGGAGAGAGAGAGCUUGAGGAGUUUCAGCAAAGCUUGGAGUCCCUUAAGGUGAGACACAAACACAAGGGUUUGCAUUGGUGAUGCAGUUUUAAAGAGAUAUUCCGGUGUAAAAAUUAAUUAAGGGUCAAACAUACCGUAACACAGAGUUAGACGCCCCCUCGAAAGAUGAAUGUUGCUGACCGCUUGCUUCUCUAGUUAUACCAACCUUAGUAACGACCACAGGAUAGCAAUACACAGCGGUCUGAGGAGCCAUAAACAAACCUCAAUCAAAGCACCACUCUAUAGCCACAAAUAAUGCUCAGAACAGCACCUAACGUCAGCAUUUUCAUGUCUCCAUUCAUAAGUUCAAUUUUGCAGCCUGUGAGGAGAAAACCAAGGGUCAAGCGCAUACAAAAAAGGGCCGGGCAUAUUCUUCUUUCAGAAUUAAAAGCAAUAAACAAAUAAAUAACCUGAUGGUAAAUUUCAAUGAAAUGCAAGAUUGAGAUGAUUUAUCGAGGAAGUACGAUAGUAGUUUUGUUGGAUAUUUACAGGCAGAUAAUUCAAAAGUUUUGAGUCACGGUAGGAAUCCUCCUUAAGCUGAACUGCCGCAGUGUUGGAUGGCUUAAAGCAGCAAUCAGGAGUAUGGAGAAGUGUAACUUGUUACCACAUUGUGCCACAGCAGUACAAACUAUCAUGCAGCCACAGUUAGGAAGGAGGAGGAUGGAGGUGUGUGUUAGUAAAACAGAGGGAGAGAGUGAGCAUGGUCCAAAUAUUUAGAGCCUUGCAUUGUCAGGCUCCAUCUUACAUAUGUAAUUUGAUCCAGGUCUGAGGUCUGUGGAUCAGAAUUUACUAAUGGUUCCACGGACUCAUUUUCCGACCAGAGGAGACCGAUCUUUCGAGGCUGUUGCCCGCAGACCUCCUAAUGAUUUCAAGGCUAAAUCAGCUGUUCAGUGAAAUAUAGGCCCAUCUUUACAUAAUUGACUUUUUUUAUUUGUUCAUUCAAUAAUUUGUUAGUUUUUUAAAGUGUCCAGAUUGUUCAAGAGCUUUUGUGUUCAAUAAUUGCAAAAACGUAAUCAAAGACGAUCAAACUUAUCAUGCAACACAGGAGCCUUUUGUCCUUACAGGCCACCAUUGCUGCACUGAUGGUAAGGGUGAGCAAAGAGGCUUUUUAAAAUAACACGACAGUCAUGCAGCCUGAACAUGACGCGGUGUGGCGUAUACUGCUGUCAGAUACAGUAUGUGUUAUGUAAAGCCUGUGAGAUAAACUCAGACAUUAAUAGACUCAGCCUGACAUUUACACAACUGACCAAGCAGCUCACACGCACACACACAACCUCCCCUUUAACAUCAAGCCGACAAACCUGCCUCCCUAUCUCUCUCACACACAAACAUUAGCACACAUACUCACAGGAGCUGUUGUAUCAGUUUCCACUGCCAGACUAAAUUAAGUUUCAGUUUCUCCGCCCCUCCUUCGUCUUCCUGGAAAGCUUUUUUUCCCCCUAUCUCCCUCCUGGAGCAUCAUCUCUACCAGGCAGGAAUGGAGCUGCUGGAGCUUCUUGGAAAUUGACUGUGUUAACUUAAUAAAACUGAAAGUGGCCUUAGAUCAAAUAAUUAAAUCCCUGUCCUCUCUGUGGAGAGUUUAUUCUUGGUCUUUGUCAUAGUCUUUGUAAUUGGUGGGGAAACCAUUUGGCAGGAUGCAGCAUGAGCACUCUUGAAUGUGUACAGAGAUGGACAAUACAUCUUAAUUCUGUUUACUGAGUUCUCUCAUUGAUUCCUCUGGACUACCUGCCUGUCAGGCUGGAUAUCUUCACUACUUUGCUUCACUUUGGAGGAGGUUGACUUUGGAUUGGACCUGGACAAGUCAGCAGAUGCAGCUGAUUGGUUGAUAGAGCAUAUCAAAGAAUGCAGCAUAGUCAGUCAGUCCAAUAGCAUAGUCAGCUAACAGAAGAUUUCACUCAAAUUUAAGCAUAACUCAAUCCAAAUAAACCCUCUAUUUUGAUGCAUUAGAUCCAGUUUCUGAAAGCACACUGACCCUCUCAAAGCACAACAGACUUUUGUGUCGGUUUAAAGCACACACUUAUGUACGUGGAAAUUCUGCCACCUAGUUUGUUGUUGUUUUUUUUUAACAAAGUCUUCGACCUCUGCUCUGCUAAUCCAGUGUGUAUUUUGAAGUUUGACAUGCCUCAUCUGUUCACAUAGAGCUUUAUAUCCCAUAUUACCACCAGUAAGAAGCUGGAGUUGUGAAUGUUUUGGCUUCACUUUUGCAGAAGUUGUCAUGUUGUCCAUCUUUUUAUUGCCGUCUAUCAUUUGCACCAAAGUUUGGGGAAUAUGUGCCAAAAAAUGCCUAAAAAAGUGGGUACAAACAAGUGCGCUGUCUUUAAGGAUUUAAUAUGAUCUUGUCUAACCACUCUUGUAUUCUGUGUGGGUGUGUGUGUGGGUGUGUGUGUGUUUCAGGUGUCAGCAUCAGCUGUGUUGGAGGACAGUGAAGCUCUGUUUGCAGACAUGGCUCUUCGCCUGGAGAAAACCAAGGCAGAGGUGAGCAUCAGCUCCUGAAUUAUCAGCUUAGAUUUCAACUUGACAGAUGCAUCUGAAUAAAUAACAUUUUCAAGAAGUUUUUCAUGAUUUCACCCCUAUAAGUUUAACUUCUCUAUGCUCUACAAGUGAAAUAUUAAGCAAAUAUCCAGUAUCACAAGUUAUUAGAAUACGUUUUUAAUCAGUCUAGGAAAAGACAACCUGAAGAGAAGUAUCUUCAUUUACACACUCAUCAUUUUGCAGCAACUCCUUUACUAUGCUGCAUCAAUGUGGCAAGGCCUAUUGCACUGCUGAGGUGCCGUUGAGGCCCAGGUUGCUUUGAUCAGCUGAGUUGACUGACCAACUCCAGCUCAGUAAUGUUGUGUCAUCCAUGUGGUAGUAGCUUUGUGAUAAAUAAAGUUGUUCUUCUACUUCUUCUUCUUGUUCUUCUUCAUUUUUUCUAAUCUAAGAUACAGGCUGCGCUCGUGGUUCUGUGUUGACGCUCUGUUUUUGGUGCUGCAGGUUCGAGCUAGGCUGGAGGCCAAGGAGCGAGUGGUGGUUGGGAGGGCGGAGCGAGACAUCGAGAUGGCGGAGAAGGACCUGGAGGAGCUGAGGAGAAGAGACGAGGAGAUCAGUCAGCUCCUGCAAACGGAGGACAAUGCUCACUUCUUACAGGUGAGACAGAAAUCUGACUUUGUGUGUCCAAAUAAAGAAAUCUGUAAACUUCCAAACAAAUUAAAGUUUUUGAAGCACAUAAGUAAGACUUUAACUUCAGUGUUAUUUAUGUAUUGGAUCUAAGAACUUCUACCAUGACUGCGCACAAGCAAUUAUUGACCCAUUAAAUCUAAUGCAUCCUGAAAGCCAUUAAGACUCAGCAGAGAGCAUACAAGGAAAUCCCUGUGGAGAUCAGUGUGUGGAUGAAAGAUGGAGCAGGGAGAGUGAAUGAGAGGAAAGAAUGAGUCAGCAGUGACCAGCGGAAAAAGACACCACACAUCUGAGUGCUGUUUUCAAAUCCAAUUGUACAAGGAAUUAACAGAGUGACGGAUGCUGGCCUAUAUUUUCCAUCUUCUCUCUCGUUAUAUUUCUCCACCCCAGGCGGCCCCUCCGCUGUGCGUCGCUCUUUCCACCGGUCGGCACUCGAGAGCCCUCAGCCUGCCCACCGAGGCCUUCAGCGGCACAAGGAGAGUGCUGUGCCACCUCCGCAGUCGGAUGGAGGAGGUCUGCAGGGAGGAGGUGGACAAGAUCAGCCGAGCAGGUACAUCAGGUGGCCCACAGGCAGAGAGAAACUGCAUACUUUUGCCGUCUAUUAGUCCUUAUUUAAAUCUUUAGCAUACAGUAUCCAGAAAUGGCUGAGAUUUAGCGUAAGUUAAGAUGAAUAUAAGGUAAAGUCUGGAUUUUUGUAAAGCAAUUAUCAGUUUAAAGUAUAUUACCUGCAGUAGAUGGGAUACAACCUGGCUACCUGUUGGAGUAGCCAACCAGAGCAGCAGUGCCACAGCUAAACCAAGUACUGCGGUAGACCUGAUGUUUUCUUGGCAGCUGUUUACUCAUAACCUGUUAAAUAAUAACAGUUCUGGACAGCUAGGGUAAGCUGGUUUGAAUAAAAAAAUUGACAGAUUUGUGUAUGCAGUGAUCACUUUUGCAGAAAAGACAAAGAGAAACCCACAUAAAAUAAAGAAAGGCCUAACCUAACAAUCAGGAAGAAGCAAACUAAUAAAUCUUGGUCCAACUCUGUCUGCAGCAGUACACUCUUCACAGCUGUUGUAAUGCAUACAUGAAAUGACUGAAAACCUCCCAAAGAAUUUAGGGUGUGCUGCACAUGUGAUUGAAAAUAACCCACAUUUUACCAGGCUUUAUCCUGAAUUUUUCCAUCCAACCUGGUGGUGAAAUAUUUGUUUGAAGCUGGGGUGAAACAGUGGGAGAGCAGCAGGAGAUAUUCAGGAAAAUUCCCCAUCAGCAAGUGGGCAAAAGAUGAUUAUGCAAUAGAGCAAAACGUAACGAGACGAAAUUAAAAUAUCUGAGGCCAGAGGAGGGGAAUGGAUGAGAAAAGAUGUCCGUGCAUUUGUCCUUAAAUGCCUGGUAAGACAUCACACUCUGAGGGACAUUUGGUUGAUUUAAGGGGCAAGGCUCCUGACAUUGUCCAGAAAUUUUCAUGAGUAGAUGCAGAGAACAAGAGCCUCAUAUACCCUUGCUGCUGUGUAGAAAAUACAUUUAUUAUGUGUCAUCUAAGUACCUGACGCAAUCCCACAAAAAUCUAGGGUAUCACAUUAUAAACCCACCACUUAUAAUGCAUGACAAAGACACUUAUAAAGCUUAUUAAAAGGUUUUAAAAUUAAUUGAGCAUUUAUAAUGCUAUGAAUGCUUAAAGUACAGGGAUUGUUAUAGAGCCUUGUAGAUGCAUUGAAAAGGUUUACAAACCACUAUAAGUGGUGAGUUUAUAUAAAGUGUUACUGUCAUAAAAUAUAUAUUUAAUUAUCAAAUGCACACUGUCACAUGUGAGGGGUAUCUAUGAUCAGUUUCAUCAUUUAAUUGUGUUUUCCUUCCAGUUAAUGAGAACUAUGUGUCCGGCGCAGAGUGUAUGAAAGGUAAGAAACAAGUGGCCAGACACGCACACAAACACACACAAACACACACACUGUGACAGGUCUGAGGUGACCCAUUUUUACAAGGCUGCAGGUUUUGACAUGACAUUUAACACUGUGAGAGACUGUGAGGGGGGGUUAAUAAUUGAUGCUACAGAGGUCAGAGCGACGCCUGUUACAACACACUCUGGCUCAUCUCCAGCUUAGUAUAACUGAAAAAAAAAAUUUAAUUCACUUAAACUGUAGAAGUUUGGAGGAUUUACUGUAGUUACACAAUGAAAAAGUGUGCCAAGUUGAUAGAAAAGCUACUCAGGCCAGGACCAUUCCACUGUCCAAUCUGCAAACUUUGUCCUCUUGGAUUUUAAUGUAUUUAGAGAUAAAUAUUAGUCUGUAGAUUUAGCAUGAGAUGGUUGAAAAGGUCAGAAUUAUAACAUCCAACCUCAAGCAUGCUAGUAUUCUUAUAAUGGGUGUAAUCAGCCUGCUUUUUGUCAGCAUUUAGCUCAAUUAGCUUUGUUUCAUGUGCCUAUAAACAGCCACUAGAAUGCUAGAAUGUAUUAAAAAGCUACAGAUAGAUAAACUUUAUCAUGGCAUGCAUCCCAAAAGUUUUUGUCCAUGCUCAUUACUUGAUAGAAAUUGGUUUGUUUUAGUUCUGUUUAUACGGUUAUUAUACCUAUGUAUAAAAAAAAAAUCAAAUACCCGUCCUGUCUGUUGUAUUGGGGAGGUGCAGAGAACUUGAAGCCGCAGCACAUGAAACAUCCUCCAUCUGAAGGCGGUAAGUUUAAAAAUGUGGGUUUCUUGGUCAUCUUUUGUGAAAUGAUUUUCUAACACGAGCUCCAAAUGUGCUGCUAACUAACUGCUUCACUGUGUUAACCUGCAAAAGCAAAUUUAUCACAAACACCAUGUGCAGGACUUACUGACGCCAUCUGGCAAAAGCUUCAAAAUUAACAUAAAAAAAAACAAAAUUAAAUGGAAAUAAUCUGCAGCGAAUUGUAUCUAUUUUACCGGUAUUGAGGAUAAUCCUCCUUAUUAAGAAAUAAGUAUGUAGUGAUCAUGACUUUAUCAUGUGGUCAAAGCUAGCAACCUUUACUGAAGGCGCCCUCUGAGAGAUGAUUAGACACUUGCAUUGUGAAUCCAAAGACAAUGUAAAACACUGAUUAAACAUUUAUACUUUCUAACUGUUCUUUUAACCAUUUCAGUCCUGUAACAUUUGAUCCAUCAGAAGUAGUGGAGCCUUCAGAAUAAAAGCAUAGUUUUAUGCUGCAGAAAAUAAAGUAACCCAGAGGCAAGAUAGAAAAUGCAAAAAUAAAACAAUGUCGUUUUAGUCACAGAGCUGAUGAUAAAUCAUAAAUUUGAGUAUUUUUAGAGUUAGAUAUGUAAGCUGAUUGUGUUGAUUAGUAAAGUUUAUGAGUUCAUGUAUUGCUCCCUCAAUUUGGCUGAGUGUGUGUUUAUUUCAAGUAUUUCAAUAUUGCAUUAGUAUGGUUGAGUUGAUAUUUUUCCUAUGAAGAGAAAUUCUAACAUUGUGACAACCCUUAUCUUUAGGCACCCAUUUAUAUCUGUAUGAUGAUCCAAUUCAUAUACAGUUAUCAUCUCACUGACAGUUAGUACAAAUAUACUGCACUAUUUGUUGCUGAGAAAGCAUUAAAUAGUUAAUAUUUAUGAAGAUCAUAAGUGUUCUAAAUGGAGAUGAAUAUCCUACAUCUGUGAGCUUUUUUUACUAAUGCUUCAUGCAUGAAAAAGUUUGCUUAACAAUGAGAUAUUGCACCGAAUCAAUCAGUAAAUGGGAUUCCAGCUGUGGUUAUUGCCAGGAAUUUCUGUCUAAGUGGGUUCUCUCAUCCUCACAUUGCUCAUUUCUCCCGUUUUCGUCAUUCAUACACAUAUUUUUCUAACCUUUUUGUCAGACUGAAUACAUGCUGCCGUUUUUCACUCUUUUUUUUAAUAGUUCACACCUUUUGUUUCGCUCUCUGACACCGUCCUACCUCCAUUAAAACUCAUAUGUUUUGUCCCAUAUGUUGAUUAGAAGUGUUAACCACCAUUACUCUGUCCUUUUUUGCCCCUUGCAGCAGUGCCUGUGUCGUUCCCUCUGUCCUCUCCGACUCUGCAGCCGGCUGAUCAGAGGAUGAGGGCAGUUUUCCUCAGGUGUAAGUACUAUUAUAUCUGAGCUCUCUGUCUCUUCUCGUGCAUCAUUCCCCAUCUUUGACCCCUUCUCCUCCACCUUUUCCAUCCUCCUCCCUCUCUUUUUGUUCCAUGCCUUAAUGCUGAGAAGAUAAUGAAAAGACCUGUUAAGAAAUCUGAGAGCCCAAUCUGGAUCCUAAUCAAUGAUUCAUGGCAAUCAUACUGUAUUUAUGACAUCCUAGUUGGCUGUUUAGGCUGGCGCUUUGUCUCAUCAGGUACAGCUCAGCUGACAUGUUGACAGCGUAUAACCACCUUGUUUGGCAUCAAUUAUGUAUAAAGUUAGAGGGGGACUAAGACUGUGUGUGCUAUUCAUCCUCUCUGUGCCAAACUGUCAGCAAGAAACACUGGAUGGCUUACCAUUUAUUGGAGGAAGAGGAGGGGUAGGAAUUCAGGCACUAACUUGUUGAUCUCUUUUGUGUUAGAAGUUUGAAAGGUCCUUUCCGUUUAUACAAAUGCACUAGACCAAAAUAGUUCAGACCUGAGGGUGAUGCUGGAUUCAGCAUUGGGGAUUCUUAAAAACUGCCAUAAUUUGUCUGGUAGGAAAUGUUAACAUCUCUGAAGUUUUGUGUUCAGUCAUCAAACAGUGAUUAAGAACCCCAGAUUGAUAUUUGCAUUGAAGACCGACUAGACUUCAGCUGAUGGAGAUCUAACAUGAACACGUGUGUCUGCAGGAGAGAAAGGCUCUCUCCAGACCAGGAGACAGCAGUAAUCUGCUUCUGUUAUUCAAUACUAUGAAGACCAAGGAUCUGGAAUUGGAUUGAUGAAUGGGUUAUUACAUUUCAGCUGAGUCAUCCUGCUCAUAGCAAACACUGCUGUCAACAAUCAUGGAUGGCUUUACAUUGGCAACUUGGUGGGAAACUCACCAAACUGCAAGUCUUGAUAGAAUUUGGGUAAAAUGCUGAGUUUGUUCCACCUGCUUGAUUCAGACUUUGGAUUUAAGCUUCAAGUAGUCCCAUUGGUUCCUGAAAAGGUGCUUUGAAAACACCGACUCAGCCAAAUUUUCAGAAAUGAGAUACAGAGACCAAAUGAGUCAAAGAGGUUUCCUUGGCCUUUGCAGCCAGUCUCAAGUUGACACUCAAAAAAGUGCAGUUUUUUUUUUUGCACCUCUUGGUUAGCGUCAUUUAUCUACCUGGGAAAUCCUGAGUGGAAUGGCAGGACAUGGUGGGCCCUCAGAAGUAAUGUGAAGGGAAAUAUGGUCAGAUAAACAUAGAUAAUGAGUCAAGAGCAUUGGUUCCAUUUACCAAAUAAGCCUGUACUAUAACCACAGUUUCCCCCUAAGACGCUGAAGAAUUUUCAAUCGUUGUAUCAACCAAAUGUCUUUGAAUCCUGGGAUUCAGAACCCCGUCUGCACCAACUUUUGAAAUAUUCAAGUGUUUUCAUAAAUGUAUGUUUGCGUAUGUUUUAGUUGGAACUGUUGCAGCACCCUGUAUUUUUAACUUGAGGACCUUCAGUCCUGAACUUUUCUCUAAACCCAUCCUUGAUUUCCUUUCUUCAAGUUUCAAGUCGUCUAUCCCUGGAUCCUGAUACGGCCCACCCGACUUUGGUUCUUCUGGAGGGGCCCCAGGGUGCCCACUGUGGCGAGGAGCCCCAGUCUUACCCCCCUCACCCUCAGCGCUUUGAUUCAGUGGCCCAGGUCUUGUGCAGAGAGGGCCAGUUUGGUGGUGCCAGCUACUGGGAGGUGGAGUGGAGGGGCGGGGGAUGGGUUGACAUUGGAGUAACUUACAGAGGUAUUGGACGUAAAGGUGGUGGAAAACCCUGCCUGCUGGGGAGGAACGAGAACUCUUGGCGACUGAGGUGCACACACACUGGGUACGCUGCUUGGCACGACAACCGAAAAACCACGGUGGCUGCACCACCCUGCCCAAGGAUCGGCGUGUUCCUGGAGCGGCAGAAAGGAACGUUGUCAUUCUACAGCGUGUCGGACACAGUCGUUCUCCUCCAUACCUUUCGCUGCCCUUUCUCUCAACCGCUGUAUCCGGCCUUCCGCCUGGACCUGGACUCUACCCUGCUCAUCUGCCCCCAUGAUAGAGGCAAUGGAAACCCAACCUAACCUUGUCCAGGCCUUCAUCAAGGACCCUUUAUUUGAUUCAACAAGAAAGGGCUGUUUUCUCCGCUUAAGAAGACAAACACCAAGUUGUAGCUGGCUUCAGAUUUUCUUACUCGAAUCAGCCUUGGCUGCCUGAAACCAAGCUUUGGUUGUUUGUUUUUCGUCGGCCAACCCAAGUCUCAUACUUUACAUGUAAGAUACACAUUUUUGAUGCUUUUCCUAAGUGCUGACAUAUACAGAAACAUGUUGUUGUCAUGUUGUUGUUGUUUUCCUACCAAACCAUUUGACCAGACAAAUAACAGCAGUCAGUUUGCAAGCAUUAGUUUGCAGUAGCUCAGCUUGCAGCUAGUAGUAGUGGUUAUACCACUUUUCGUCAAAGAGAAGAGUCAACCCAUGUGGUUAAAUCAGCUCCUGAAAAAAGUUCUGUCAUGUAAAAAAUCCUCGCCAAAAUGCAGCUUUUGUAGCAGCUCAGCUUGCAGCCCCAGGAGCAUCAAAAAAGUACUUCACACUCAGACAAAAGACAUGCAAUACUAGGCUUUUGCUGACAACUGAUAUGCAGAUAUUUCCACCAUAGUUGAUGCACCAUUGUUGAUCUGUUUCUGUUCUUAUUACUGUCUGUAGACUACAGACUGUAUAUAGAAUGGACAUCUUCGGCCUCCCUGCUGGGUUAGCCUCUGUGAGAACAGCACCCUCUGGUGACUGGUAGCAGUAUAGGUCAUAAACCCCACCUCCUCCGCCUUCAAUAUGAUGCAUUGCUGGUUAUGAAGACACUCAAGGGUCCACUAUUGCAUAAAAAGAGAAGUGGAGUUUAGUCCAACACAAGCAUGGGUGCAAAUGUGGACACAAGUUCAUUUACACAUGAAAUGAUAACUGCAUCAGGUGGAAAAUAACAAUGACUAAGACACUUUGUGCAUAGUGUCUGAUAAAAGCAAAAAUGUAGCUCUUCAGCUGUCGAAAUACAAAAUUUCAGGUCUCUGGGGCCAAAAAAAAAACAAAAUCAGGAGGUAGCAAAACAAGCCAGAAAUGUUUCCUCUCCCUCCCGCGUCUCUUUGCUUUGUCCCUUUUUAAUAUUCCUUCAAAAUACCUGUUUGCAUCACUGUCAGGCUGAGCGUUGUUGUGCAAUUGUGAAAUUUAUUGGCUUAUUUCAUAGGGAAUGUUACAUCUAAUUAAAGAGUAAUGGAUGCCAUGUAUAGAGCUUCUGUUCUUUACAUGCGUGUUUUAAAAGGUCAAAGAGUGGGAAAUGAAGCGCCCAAUAUCUAAGAACUUAUGGUUUGUUAUGGUUUUGAAGGACUUUAAAGGUAUUUGACCCCGUCUAUGUCGAACUGUGUUGUCUUUUUUUAUUAGUAUGGAGGAUAUUUUGGGACUCACCACACUGUCAGGCUGAAUAUGAAGAACCUACAACUACUUGAAAACCCACAGCUGAAGAUUUUUCACUGCCAUGUGACAUGUUAAACCCAGCUCAGUUUCCUGGAUAGAGAGUGACCUCAGGAUCACAUGAACUCAGAAUGAAGGCUAUAUGGUCGCAAACUUUCUUCUCUAGCUGAUGUUUGUUGCGUUUGUGUGGCUGUAAAAGGUGAUUUUCUGUAAGGUCAACAUGCUUUUGUAAACAAAAAGUUGCAUUUUGUGUUUUUAAUGGUAUACCAAAAAAUACUGAAUUAAAGGGGGAGUUUAACACAGCCUGAUGGGCUUAUUUUCCCCUUUCCUCGUCGUCUUUGUGCUAAGCUAAAGAGCCGCAAGCAUUUGUUUUGUGUUCGCCAUGAUUUAUAACACGACAUAUCAAGUUAUGAAACUUUUCAGAUUCCUAUCUCAAUCAUAAAUACACCAGUAUACUAUCAACUAAUACUUGAAAACAAUUUAUCACUACAUACAGUAUCUAAAUUUAUAACCAAAAGGGCACUUAGGUUCAUAAUUCACACUACACUCACCGUCAUUUAAUACUAACAUGAACACUGCAUGCUUUACCAUAUUUUACUGUAAAUCUAAACAUAUCAGUCAAUUCUACACGUAUUACCAAUUAAUACUCAUGAAAAAAAUGACUUACUGCAGAUCUCAGCAUUCACGUGAGUAAAAAGGAGCAUGAGAUCAGAGUCUUGGGAUAAUUCAUAUCAAAAUAAGUAUGUAUGAACUUCGAAGUCUUUCUCCUUAUAAAAGCAGUUUGAUUGUAACCUCAUAGUGGGAAUCACUGCUGCUCUCCAGGUACAGGGAUGACCUCUCUUUAAGCUGAUUUGAUGCCAUAUUGUGGCCGCAUUUUUUUUUUUUUUUUUUUUUUUUAAGGAAAAUAUUUUAAAAUGAAGUGCAUUAUUAUUCCUCACUGUCAGGUUGUCAGAUGAGUUUAGUAGCCUGUGUUGGUCUGUUGAUUGAAGUCCUUGAAAUUUUGUUGAUCCUGUUUACUCUUUGUGCUUUACUUCUAUUUAAUGUGAUUGUAGAAUAUGUCAUAGUUGUCUGAGUGUUGCUUUUUCCAAGAUGAGGUCAUUUCACCUUGAUUUGCAAUAAACUGAUCUGUUGGGGAUCCACA